ACGCCUUUUCUCUACAACUUUUGAUUCUCUAUUGAUCGCAAAAUCUAUCUCGAUCCUUUUUGAAUCGGGAAUCCUCAAGGUUUUUUUGUUUGUUUUUGAAUCGGGUCCGAUUAGGGUUUAAAAAUCUCUCGGUAUCACUUUUCAACGCUUGUUCUGAAUCGUUUCGUUGCUAUCUCGUCUAUUGACCUAGUUUUUGAGUUUGUGUUAGGGAUCGCGAUUGUUAGGGUUCCGUCGGUCUAUCUGGAUUGGGCGUUGGGGAGCAUUUUAAGAUUCUUAUCUUUUCAAGAUGGAGCGCAAGACGAUUGAUUUGGACCAAGGAUGGGACUAUAUGCAGACUGGUAUCACUAAGCUGAAACGGAUUCUCGAAGGCCUGCCUGAGCCGCAGUUUGACUCUGAGCAAUACAUGAUGCUCUACACGACUAUCUACAACAUGUGCACUCAGAAACCGCCUCAUGAUUACUCACAGCAGCUUUAUGACAAGUAUCGUGAAGCAUUUGAGGAGUAUAUCAACUCAACUGUUUUGCCUGCUUUAAUGGAGAAACAUGAUGAAUACAUGCUGCGGGAGCUGGUCAAAAGAUGGUCUAACCAUAAAGUUAUGGUUCGAUGGCUAUCCCGCUUCUUCUACUAUCUUGACCGUUACUUCAUUGCUCGGAGAUCACUUCCACCCCUGAAUGAAGUUGGCCUGACCUGCUUCCGUGACCGGGUUUAUAACGAGUUGCAUUCCAAGGUCAAAGAUGCUGUAAUAGCGCUUAUUGAUAAAGAACGUGAAGGCGAGCAGAUUGAUAGGGCUCUACUGAAAAACGUAUUAGACAUUUAUGUAGAGAUUGGAAUGGGACAGAUGGAAAGAUACGAAGAAGAUUUUGAAAGCUUCAUGCUUUUAGAUUCAGCAUCUUACUAUUCUCGCAAGGCAUCAAGCUGGAUCCAAGAAGAUUCUUGCCCUGAUUACAUGCUGAAGUCUGAAGAAUGUCUUAGAAAGGAGAGGGAGAGAGUGGCUCACUACCUUCACUCAAGCAGCGAGCCAAAGCUGGUCGAGAAAGUACAACAUGAGCUGUUGGUUGUGUAUGCAAAUCAGCUUCUAGAAAAGGAGCACUCAGGGUGCCGUGCAUUGCUGAGAGAUGACAAGGUUGAUGAUCUCUCCAGGAUGUACAGGCUUUAUCAUAAGAUUGUUAAAGGUUUGGAACCUGUUGCAAACAUAUUUAAGCAGCAUGUCACAGCAGAGGGUAACGCACUUGUCCAACAGGCCGAAGACACGGCCACUAAUCAUGCUGCAAAUACUGCUAGCGUGCAGGAACAGGUUCUAAUCAGAAAAGUCAUUGAACUACAUGAUAAAUACAUGGUUUAUGUGGUUGAGUGUUUCCAGAACCACACCCUCUUCCACAAGGCAUUGAAAGAGGCAUUUGAGAUAUUCUGUAAUAAAACAGUCGCUGGAAGUUCUAGUGCUGAGUUGCUUGCAACAUUUUGCGACAAUAUUCUCAAGAAGGGAGGAAGUGAAAAGCUGAGCGAUGAAGCUAUUGAAGAUACCCUUGAGAAGGUUGUCAAAUUGCUUGCUUAUAUAAGUGACAAAGAUCUUUUCGCAGAGUUCUACAGGAAGAAGCUGGCCCGUAGGCUCUUAUUUGAUCGCAGUGCUAAUGAUGAUCAUGAGAGAAGUAUCCUGACAAAGCUCAAGCAACAAUGUGGUGGGCAGUUUACUUCGAAGAUGGAGGGAAUGGUGACUGAUUUGACAUUGGCAAGGGAAAACCAAAACAGCUUUGAGGAGUAUCUAGGCAAUAACCCCGCUGCAAACCCAGGGAUUGAUUUGACCGUCACUGUUCUUACCACUGGGUUUUGGCCAAGUUACAAAUCAUUUGACAUAAAUCUACCCGCUGAAAUGGUCAAGUGUGUUGAAGUCUUCAAAGGGUUUUAUGAAACGAAAACGAAGCAUAGGAAAACUUACCUGGAUCUAUUCACUAGGAACUUGUCACCUCAACGGAAAGUUCGACAUUAAGCCCAUUGAAUUAGUUGUGUCUACGUACCAGGCUGCUGUGCUUCUGCUGUUCAACACAACGGACAAAUUGAGCUACACUGAUAUC